GUUCAUGGUAACAGUAAACAGAGCAGAACUGUGAGGAGCUGCAGGUUAAAUAACGAUUCAGUCUUCAGCUAAUCUAAUAAAAAUGUCGGAGAUUUUGUGUCGGUGGUUGAACUCUGAACUGCGUUUAUCCAAACCUGUCGAUCCGAUCUCCUUUGCUAAAGAUUUCUCUAAUGGUUACCUGAUUGGAGAGGUGCUGAAUAAAUACCAGCUCCAGGAGGAUUUCCACCAGUUCUCUAAACACAGCACGGCCAAUGCCAAGCUGAACAACUUUACAAGACUGGAACCCACUCUGCAGCUGCUGGGCGUGCCCUUUGACCUGAACAUGGCUAAAGCGGUGAUGCAGAGCCAGCAGGGGGCGACCACACGUCUGCUCUACCAGCUCUACGUCCUGCUGCAGAAGAAAAAGCGGUCAGGGCUGACGGGCGUGGCGAUGGAGACCAUGCAACCUGCGGCCACCGCCCGUCUGCACCGUGUGGAGAACCACAUCUACACUCAGCAUUUGAGGACACUGGUAAAGAGGGAGUCAGACGUAAAGAUGCAGAAGAUCGCUCAGAGGUUCGAUAGACGAGGUCGUGAGGCGUAUGGUCGAUCGGUAACGGCCGAGCUGGAGAGGGAGGAGAGACGGCGCCACCUGCAGGACCAGAUGAGACUGCAAGACAUUCAGAAGCACCGACAGGCCCGUAGGAAGCAGCAGGAGAUGAUGCAGCGGAUUCACGCAGCUUCAGUUCAAAUCCCCAAACCUCCGGCCAGCAGCAAAAAGAGACACCGCCAUCCACCUGAUACCAAGAACGUUCUCCAGCAGAUUACUGAGUUUGAGCAGAACAGGAAGAGACGUUCUCCUGCAUCACGUGGUCCGUCAUCACUCAGCGUGCAGAUGAACGAGGAGGAGAUGGACGAGUGGAACUCUGCGUACGUUCAGAAGAUCAGGAAGCGUCUGGAGGAGGACGCUGCGGCGCGAGACCGGAGAGAGAAACGCCGCCGCCGAGCGCUAAUCCAACAGCUACAGACUCACCAAGCACACGAGGAGGCGCGGCGGGAGGAGCAGCUGAUCGGGCGGCUGAUGCGUCAGUCGCAGCAGGAGAAGCGGAUGGCGGUGCAGCUGAUGCAGAUCCACCAGCAGAAGGAAGUUCUGCGCCAGAACCGACUGGAGCGUGAGAGACAGUUCCACGAGCAGAGAGGGAGAGAGUUCCGGCAGGGGCUGGACCGAGAAGCGGCUCUCCUGCAGCAGGACCGCUUGGAUCGAGCGGAUGAGCUACGUAAGGAGCGAGAGCUUCACGAGCAUUUAGCUGCUGAGCGCGCUCAGUCCAGAUUCCUCAAACACUUCAACAUCUGCAGGGGGAUUUUGGAGCAGAUUGUGGAUCUGGCAACCAGGACUGGAGAAUAUCGACUACUCACCUCCAAUAUGGUACCAGUAAAAAUGCUGAGGGAGUGGAGGGAGUUGUGGAUCAGUGGAAAGCCGCUGUAUGAGGUAGAACCGAGUGUGGAGCAGAACACUGAGCUGGAGAAGCUUCGCAUCCUGAACCAGCAGGACUACCACGAUUAUACGACUAUGACGGGAGAGUGGGCGUGGCCUGAAGAGGAAGAAAAUAAAGCCCCGCCCUCUAAUAAUGACAUUUUGGGUCACUUGGUUGGUCGAUUGCGUAAGCUGGUGGCUCCUGAUGGGAUCAGUGCUGCACCCACACCCCCACGGUUCCCCCUGCAGGCCUGUGUCCUCGGCAACACCUGCUCCGGCAAAACCAGAACCCUCGCCAGGAUCGGCCAGGUAAACGGGAUCCAUGUGCUGUCGGUGGAUUCUCUGAUCCAGGAGGCGCUAGAGGCUCAUCGAGCUGGAGAACCUGAACCUGAGAACGAGGUGUCAGUGAGAGCUCAGCAUGGUGCAGCUGUAGAAGAAGCACUGAGGAGAGGAGAAGCUGCUCCUGAUCACCUCCUCAUCGACAUCAUUGUACAUGCUAUCAGGAAGGUUCCGUUGGACCGCGGCUGGGUUCUGGAUGGAUUUCCCACCAAUGUCUCUCAGGCUCGGCUUCUGGAGAAGGAGCUGGGCGGAGUCGACCCAGAUCAGGAAAAGAGGCGGGAUAAGAUACACGAGCUGGUGGUGGACCGGAACGCCCCUCAGACUCCGCCCCCUGCCCCACCUGUGCUCCACCUGGCUGUGUUGCUACAGGUGUGUGAUGAGCAGGUUCUGGAGCGCCACCGGCUGUUACACGAGCGAGAAGCUUCUGGAGGAGCGAGUGAGGAGCAGCAAAUCCAGCACAGGAUUUCAGGUUUCCAUGAAGCUUGGCCUGAACUGGAGGAAUGGUUUGGUGAGAAGCAGAAGGUUCUGGUGAAGGUGGAUGCAGAGGUGGAUGAAGAUGAGCUCUUCAGUAAGGUGGAAUCAGUGCUGCUGGAUGCCAUGCAGCAAUCACACACAGGUUUGCAGCUGGACAUGAAAUCAGAUCCCUCAGCCAAAGGUCCUUCCAGAAGGGCGUCGGCUUCCUCACCUCCAGCUGCUGAAGCCCCACCCUCAUGUCCAGGCUCCGCCUCCUGGGUGUUUGUGGAUGAACCUCUACCCAAGGAGAUCCCGGAGUACCUGGUACCGUACUGGAUGAACGUGUGCACAUCAUACGUCUCCAGCGCUCAAGCUGCGAUGCAGAACCUACGGCAGGAGCGCAACCUCAUUAUACACCACCUCUACAACAUCAGGGAGGACUAUAAGCAGUACCUACAGAGACCAGAUCUGAAGCAGGAGUUCAUGGCCGUGUGGCAGAGAGACUAUAACAACAUUCCAGACGACAUGAGACACGAUGUGGAGACCAAAGCAGAACUGCACCAGAGACUGGAGGAUCUGCGAGAGCGUCUGUAUGAUAUCAGUGAGAAGAGGAAGGACGAGGCCCUGCAGGAGAAAGCGGCUCUUACAGAGAGCGGCUGGCUGGAGGAUCACGCUGCUCUUCUGAUGAACCAUUACUGUAGUCUAAUGCAGGUGGAGGUGGACAGGUUCCAGGACACUCUUCAUGUUGUGAGAGUGUAUUAUUCUGGGAUGUACAGGGGUGAGGUUCCUGGGUGCACCCACCAAAAUGAUCCGGCCAACCAACCAGAGAGAAGCAAAAGAGUUUCUCUGAAUGGACCCCUCUCCACUGACCCCUCCGGACAGAAAGGUCUUGUUCUUACAGAUGUGAAACUGGUGCAGGAUAUUCACCACAACGCCACCACGGCCAUCACCAACAUGGUAUCAGUGGAGCUGCAGCAGUUGCAUGUGGAGGAGAACGAGGAGCAGCAGCAGCCGGUGGAGACAGAAUCUCAAACUUCAGCCUCCAUUAAAACCUCCGACAAGGACAAGAAGAGAGGAAACAAGAAGAAAAGUCCUCCCCCCCAAACCCAGGAGUCUGUUCCCCCCCCUCUGCAGGAGAGUGCUGAGGAGCGACAGAGGAGGAGCGUGAGAACCAAAAUCAGAGAGGAGUUCAGGAGAACCCUGCAGCAUGAGGAGAGUUCUGUGUGUAAGCGAUUGGAGCUGGUGAAGCUGCAGUGUGUGUUGGUGUUGCACAGCCUCCAGAACAGAGCUGAACUCGCUCACAGAGACUUGGAACAGUGGGGGGACGCUCAGUACCUCUCCGAAAUCCACAGUAUCGAUCAGCUUGCGGGCGUGGUCAGUCAUCAUAUCGAGAGCGGUGAACAGAUCAAAUACGAGCUUGUAUUAGCACGUAGCAACUUCUACGCUGACGGGGACCUGCGGGUGGUGUCGACUCCACCUCUUCUAUCCCGCUCACAGUCUGCACAACCGACCAAUCAGGACUCGUUUAAUCUCACCGUCCAGCAGCUGCACGGCCUGCACUCUCACCUGCGCAAGAUCGCCCCCACAGGUGUGAUGACCUGUAACCACCUGUGUGAGGUUCUACAGGAGCUGUCGUCCCUCGGUUUGGGUUCUGAUGCUCUCCCUCAAGCUUGGAUACACGUUACUGACACACAGAUCAGAGAAAUGGUGAGUGUGUUGGCACAGGGUGGCGAGAUGGUAGACUGGCGUCAUUUCCUGUUGUGUGCCGCUCAGCCGUGGCCCCUCCCCUCUCAGAAACAACUAAUCAACACCUACACACACUUCAAACAGAUCGACACUACAGGGGGCGGCGUCAUCAACCUGCAGCAAUACCUACAGGUAGAGUUGUGGUUCCCAUCUGAGAAAGACCUUCCUGUUCCUGAGAACCCGACCGAACCUCCGGCCUACGACAGACUGGCAGAGCUGCGGAAGCUGUGGUUCUCUGUGUUUGCAGAUGCUUCCUCUCCUGCAGGGUGUAACUACAUGGACAUGCUGCUGUACUUCUGCGCUCGUCCUGAUCCUGCACACGGCUUCAUCACUGCUCUGAGUCUGCUGAUACAACACACACUGCACUACACACACACCCCUACCACCAUGCUGCAGUCAUAUGUAGAGGGUGGAGUGUAUGAUGAUGAUGAUGAUGAUGAUGAUAAGUGUAGUGGUGAUGAAGAUGUGUUGAUGGACGAUGUACUCAGAGUUGUGAAUCACCACAAAAUGUCCAGUAAUGAGGAGAUCAAGCAGGAUCUGAUGGAUGUGUGUGAUGAACUUGGUUUUCAGUGGGAGAAGAAAAUCCUGUUCUCUGUUCUAUCAAAACAUCAUCUAAUACAAGAUCUAAUGAAGAGUUCCACACAGUACCAACUCAUAGACAUUUACAGAAUUCUACACAAGCAGCAGAAUGAUGAAGAUCCUGUCGUCUCCACUGUUCCACAAACAUAAACCUACAGGCUGAAAUAAACCCAAUCACACAGCCUGCACAUGCACCUUCAA